AUGGGCUCUUCUAUAAUACGUAUUGUGAGAUCUACUCAAAGAUGCUCGUUUUCUCAUCAAGUUUUAAGAUCCACAGCGUACCAAUUGACUCAACAUUCUGCGUUGAACGCAUUGGUGGAUCAUUGGACGUGGCACAAUAAUACGGUAUUGACAAAUUUUUAUCUGAAGAGAAGUUUUCAUUUUGGAAGGAGAGGAAAGAAGAAGAGGAAUGCAUCAGUACUAGAAGACACAUCGAAUAAAACUUCCAACGAUCUAAACGGAUCCUUAGAAGAGGAUGAAAAAAGGACAAAUGGCUACUUCAGACUUCAGAUGAUAUACCGGGACAAUUCCAUGACGGUGAAUGUGAAAUCGAAAAAAUUGAAGGAUACUCUUCUUGAAUUGAUACCAUCACUUCUGAAUGAACAGUUUUCCAAAGAUCAGCUUCCUUUUAUUAACGAAGUUGUCAACUUCAUAGAUCAUGGAGAGAGCCCAACCGAAUUUUUCACCGCACAAGAGAUGAUGUCCAUUUUGAAGAGCAUUUUGCCUGCAAUGACAAUUGAUGAUGUAAAAUACUUGAAUUUCUUUCCUAGAUUUUAUAUGUCACUUAGAGAGACGUCUGAAUAUCAAAGGAGUAAAUUCAUGAGGCUGCAACUCUUUGAAAUAUUCCUGAAUUACGUGCUAUUAAACAAAAAUAGACAGGGACUUAUCCGUAUUAUAGACGCUUUCUUAAAUGAAGAAAGUGAAUUAAGGGGUCAAGAUGUUCGAAAAGAGGUCGUGAAUAUUGUUCUCGAGGCAUUUAAAGCAGUGGGCCCAGAUACAGCGACAACUGUGCAUCUAGCCGAAGUUGCAGACAUUUCAGAAGACAAAGAACUUGUUACAAGGAUAUUGGAAGACUUUUUUGUGGCCGCCGAUGAUGAAAUCAGCGAAGAUUACGAGAGAAACAAAGUGGAAGAACAUAUCAUGCAAUUACUCAAUAUAUUGGAGAAGAAGCUCCACUGUCCUUUAAUGGAGUACAUUAACUUGCUAUACUUCGCGACGAGAGAUGAUUUUGAUAGAUGUUGUCUUGAAAUUAUGCAGAAGGUCUCAACUUUGACUAAAACAUUCACUGACGAAUUAUUGCUGGACAAUAUUCGUAAUGAUGAGUUGAUGGCGAUAGUUUCUUCUGCUUUAAAGUUUCAUGAUUAUAAUAAAGGAGCAACUAAACUUAUAGGACAUCUUCAAUCAAAACGUAAGCCUGAAGAGUUUAGUAAGGGGGAAUGGAUUGCUUAUUUACAGUACAAAAUUUACAAAAUCCCUUCUAUUUCUGGCGUGGAAGCUGUGCCGGAUCUCAUUAAGAUGAUAGAUCAAAUAAAUAAUGAUCUUAUCCAGAAGUAUCAUAAGAAAUUUCAGUUUAACGAUACGGACAGCUACAAUUACUUUCUUGAAGCUUUAUGCUAUUCAAACAAGCCAACAAAAUUUAUUGAGACAUUUUUCAAGGAAUUUGCAGAUGACUACGACCUUUCAAAAGACGCUAGGUCAUUUGCAAUUAUAAUAGAGCAUUUUUUGAAUGAAGGUGAUAUCAAGGAGGCAUUGGAUUUAUUUGAAAAGUCUUUGAGUGAAGCAAUUUUAUGGGACAGCGAUUAUAGUGGAAUGUAUAUGCCCGUUCUUUUCCGAUUAUUGGCAGAUUACUUUAACAAAACAAAUGAUGAUUUGUAUUAUAAGGCACAACUCUACAAAAAAAUCAAAACUUUUGAGAUUCCAAUUAACCGUGAGGCUCUAUACGCCAUGGCUAGUCAAUUUUUGAAAAGCAAUUUUGUUGGUGAUGCUAUCAAGGCCUUUGAGAAAGAAGUCCCAAGCUUAAAUGGGAAGGAGACAAAAUAUCAGAUAGAGGAUUACAGUGAUUUAUUUGAGCUCUAUUACAGGUAUGCAACUUCUAACUGUGAGAACUUAAAAAGUAACUGGCUUCUCUAUGAGUUUUUGUCGAAAUUCUUUCGGCUUCCAUAUGAAUUUUAUCCUGCUUUUUUGAAGUUCUGGAUUGAUGUCGGCUUUCCAUCAAGGUCUCUAAAGAUUUAUGCUGACAUGAAACUCCUUAGUAAAGAAAACAAGCUACAACCACCAGAUGAAAACAUCUAUCUUUAUCUUCUUCAAUCGUUCAGCAAAUCUCAAUAUGAGGAUGGUAUAUUCAAGCUUCAACUAGCGAUUAAAAUGGACUUGUCUCUAAAUAUUGAUAUAAGGCUACUAAAUAUGCUGAUGGGUGCAUUUUGUUCUAUUGAAGAUUCAUUCCGAGUUCGAGAUGUUUUCAACCUUGCUCAGAGUUUACCUAAGAAACGUGGCGUUAACCAGGAAAGUUGUUACUGGGCCUUAAAAUCUCUAAAAUUUGUGUCUUUAAAUGAAGUCAAUAACUUUUAUACAAGUUUAUCACAGUUUGAUGUUUGCCCAGAUGCCAAUCUUUUUGGUGAGUACUUGAUAUCGCAUUGUUAUUUUGAACAGUACGGCACAGCUUAUGAUAAACUGAUAGAUACAUAUGAAAAUGGCGAUCUUGAACUUAUAGACAGGAAUGUCUUAAAAAAUUUCCAUAACUUCUGCCUUAAUGAACAUGUGCGAAAGAAAUUAGAUGUCUUCGCAACAAGAAGAUUUCCUGAGAUAUGGAGCGAUUUAAAAGCGAAGGGAGAAUUAAGCGAUGAUACAACAAAGCAGCCGUCAUUACUCGACAAUCCUUAUGAAAAGAUUCACCUUCAAAUAAAAUAA